AUGUAAAAUAAAUAAAUGGAAACUAAUUCUCCUCAUUUUAUUAGAGUUUUUAUAAAAAAUUUAUUAAAAAUAAUAAUAUAUUAUUCUUAAAUUGUAUUUGAUAUAAUAAGUUUGACAUUAUUAUUUUAAAAUGAAAUAUAUAUUCAUUCAAUAGUAUUAGCUAUAAUUAUCGCAUUUUCAUACUUUUAUAAAUUUUUAUAUCAUUAUAAGUUAGAAUAUGGAAGAUGGAUUAUAAAAUUACUUUUUGAAAUAUUUUAUAUAAGUUAAAUUUUGCGUUGUUUUUUUCCGGAAUUUUAUCAGAUAAGCGAAAAAUAGUUUUAAAAAUUAUAAGGAAUAUAAUAAAGUGGACCCAGUUUAUUUAUAUUGAUUCAUGUUAUUUUUUAUUUGGAUUUUUCUCAUUUAUAUCUAUGGAUUUCUAUAGGUGUUAGUUUUUUAAAUUUAUAUUACUCAAACCUAAUUUAUUUCCUUUUAUUAAAUAACGAUUUUGAAAAUUCGAAAGAAUAAAUAAAAACUUAAUUUUAUGUAAUUUUAUUUAGUUAAUAUUCAUCAAGAAUAUGCCUUUGGGCAGUAUUUUGUUAUAUUUUAAAACCUAUAAGCGUAUGGACUACUAUUGGAUGUGAUUUUUUAUGUUGUAUAUUGAUUUAUAUAUUUAAAAUUUAUGAAAAGUAAACUAAUUUACUUUGUUUUUAUGAUUAUAUGUUUUGUUUUAGAUUUUAUGAAUUACAGUUUUUUACUUAUGAAGGUUAUGAGAAAAGUAAAAGAUACUAUAAUUUAAAGGAAUUUUAUAGAUUUAUAGUAUAAUUAACUUAAAUAAUAAUAAUAAUAUUAUAUUAUAGUAAAUUCGGAAUUAUAUAUUAAUAUAUGGAUGUUAAAUAUGUUUUAGAGGAUUAUUAUUUUAUUAUUUUUAUUGGAGGAGUUAUUUUUUUUAUAUUUAAUUAAAGUUAAAAUUUUAGUAGAAUUUUGUAUGUUUAAUAAAGUGAGAGUUAAACUAUUUAAAAUUACAAGAAUCGAAUUAGGACUUAAUAAAAUUAAAUAGAAAAAUUAUAAUUUGAAAUUAAUAAGGUAUAGCCCGAAUUGUCAAAAUAAUAGGAAGAAAUUUUAAAAAGCACUAAAAAUUAAGUCAGUUAGUAGUAAUAUUUGGAAGAUUUGUAAAAUUCAGUAUAGACUAAAGGGUAGGAAAUUGAAAAUUUAAAGAAGAAGAUUGAAGAAUAAAACAAUUUAGUGGAUUUGGUUAAUGAUGGAAAUUUAAAAUAAGAAAAAAUUAUUUUAAAAUUUAAAGAAGAUAAUAUUUAAUUAUAAAAUUUUAUUGAAAAGUUAUAGAAAGAUUUGGAAAAAGCCAAAAUGGAUAUUAAUUAAUUACAAGCUGUAAACAUUUAAUAGAAAAAUAUUAUAAAAGAUCUUAAUUAUAAAAAUGAAAAAAUUUUAUAAGAUCUUCAAUUUAUGAAUAAUUCGGAAGAAUUUCCUAUUACUAUUGCUAAGAAUUUAGAAAAUUAAUUAAAAAGUUUAAAAGAAUAGAAUGAAAAUUCAGAAAAAAGAUUUAAUAAUUUAUAUUCUUAAUAUUAAAAAAAAGAAAAUGAAUUAAAAGAAAGUUUAUAUAGAUAAGCUUUAAAUGAUAUUAAUAUUAAUAAUAACUAAAGUUUUAAUAUAAGAAUGAAGAAUGAAAAUGAUUUUUUAUAAUAAAAAAUAAGCUAAAAAGAUGAACUUUUAAUUAAAUAAAAAAACGAUAUUAUAGAUCUUUUUUAAAAAAAUGAAGAAUUAUAAAAAAAAAUUAAAAGCUAUGAAAAAUAAAUACACAAAAUUUAAAGAUUUGAUGAAGAAAUAUACAAAUAAUAAUAAUAUACUAAUCUUAAUCUAAAAGUGCUUGAAUCUUAAUCUGUUAUAAUAUAAAAGCAACCGGAUAUUUAAUAUUUAAAUGAAAAUAUUAAAAAAAUAGUUUUUCAUUAAUUUAUUGACCAAGAAAUUUCUCAGAAUAUUUUGAAAUAAAUCAAAUUUCCUUAUUUUUUAAAAUUUAAAUAUGACAAAAGUUGUUAGAAGUUUAAUUAAAUUAUAUAUAUUUUUGUUAAUGGUUUUUUAUUUAUUUAUUAAAAAAAUAGUUGGUCAAAUACUAAUUUUAAUACUUAUUAAAUUAUUUCUAAAAUAAUUUAAUAAUGUAAAAGUUUGCUAGUUUUAGAAGUAAAUAUUGAGAAGUAUUUAAUAAUGUAUUUUUAAAUAUAUAAAUGA